UAAAAAUAAUCUUAAAAUGACUUUUAAUGUGGAACAAGAUACAUUAGGAUGGCUUCGCAAUAAACUCAGUAGCAGUGAAAAUGCAUGGUCAUCAACCACUAUUGCUUCCCAACUCAAUGAGACUAUGUUAAAGUACAUCUAUGACUCAUUUCUUCAGCUAGAGGCAAAAGAAAAAAUACAGUUGUUACUCUCAUUUCUUGAAAUUCCAUUACGAAAUAUGGAAAGUUACAAGGAGAAUCUGAAUCGAAUAACAUAUUUAGCACAAACUGAUACCAAUGAAUGGGUUAAAGUAGCUGCAACCAUUGUUAGUGACUAUCCAAACACGCAAACAAUAUGUAGCAGUUUGGAAGAGGUUACAACAUGCUUUUCUGAAACAUUGGAAGAUGUCAAAACAGAAGUUGAAAGACUGAAGCUUCCCAUUUCAUCAUCCACACUUCCUCUUGAGUGCCCAUAUCUUAAUCCAACUAUUCUUAAUUAUAUGUGUGGAACUCAGCCUGCUCCAGUUAAACAUUUUACACUAAGAAGAAAACCCAAAUCUGCUGCUCUUAGAGCAAAAAUUGCUCAAAAAGCAUCAGAUACUUCAAUCCAAAAGCGUGUUCCGGCAACUUUGUCAAGUUCUAAAGCCAAUAAAAAAGUAGUUUCACAAGCAAAUAAAAUCACAGCUGUUUCAUCACAUUGCAAAGCUUUCUUGAAAAGUUCUUCUGUUCCUAAGAAAACAAAGCUGCUUGAUAUAGCAGAUCAACCUGUUGGUGUACGUGAACAAAAAAAGCGAAAAAAGGUUUUAGAAAUGGAAGCACAAGAAAAGAAAAAGAUUUUAAAGCAGCAAAAGCAUGAAGAUGAAAAACAAGAUGAAGCUGAGUCUUCAUCCGAUGAAGAAAAUGAAGAAUCAGGAGAAGAAGCAUCUUGUAUUGAUUCAGCAACAUCUCUUGAUGAUUCUAAUCAAGAUGAUACAGUUACAAAGUUAUCCUUGGAAACUCCUGCUUAUGCUCUGCUUCCUGAUGCUAGUGCAAUCGGUCCUGGUCCACAGCUUAAUAAAAACAUUGGUCUACCUCCACAACUUAAUAAAAACAUUGGCCCUCCUUCCCAAAUCCAUAAAGAUCCAGUGUUAUUCACCUCACAGAAUUUUCCUUAUUCUCAUAAUAUGCUACAAUCUGAUUUACGACAUCCAUUUGAUUACAAUCCUUCCAGUUCUGCUCAGAGUUUGCAUUUACAAAGAGAGCUUCAAAUGCGUGUUCAAGAAGAACAAGAAAUGCGUUUGCAUGAACAUCAGCAAAGAUAUUCUCAACAGCUUCAGCAGCAACAACAACAACCUAUGUUUUCUAUGUACGGAACACCUUCAUGUUUACCAGGUUUGAAUACAACGCCAACAAACAUAAAUAUGCCACUUGAAUCACCAGCAAUUUCUUUAUCACACCAAAUCCCUCAACCAACACAGUCACAUCAUGUGGCUCAGCCAACGCAACCACAACCUCCGAAAAAAAACUAUAUUUUAUCAAGAGAACAAAUGUUAGCAGCUCACGAAAUGUUUAAUUCUUCUAACAGGAUCACUAGACCUGAAAAAGCACUUAUUCUUGGAUUUAUGGCUGGUAACAGAGAAAACCCUUUUCCGCAGCAAGGUCCAAUUAUUACAAUAAAGCUUAGCGAAAAUAUAGAGAAAGAUGAUAACCAAGUAGAAGGUCCACAAAAGUUAGUUGAAAUGCUCUUUGAGAUGAAUUAUGAUUCUGGGAAUUGGCGGAGACUUAAAAGAACUCGUUUAGUCAAUCAACAAGCAAUAUAAAUAGUACUUGUUUAGUUAUUUAACAAGCAUCAUGAAUGAUAUUUAAAUUUAUAUGUUGAUCGUUUAUAAUUA